UGAUUUUUGCAUUUAUCUAAUCUAAGUACAACGGCAGCGGCAGCAGCGGCAGCAGCAGGAAGCCCAAAGGUCCAGCUCCUUGCAGCGGCUAACAAAACGAAAAUGUAUGGGCUUAACUUCAUAAACAACAGGAGCUUGAGCUUCUGAAAAUUAUGAUGGAGCUGCGAAAAGCAACUACAACCACUAUUCCUUUGGCAUCGCACCCACAAAUGGCCAAAAGUGACACAAAGUCCCCACAGAUACAGCUGAAGUUCAGCCGGAAUGCUCCCGCAUCGUCUGAAAACCUGUCAGUCCACUACACCAAUCCCUGUCCAAUUAUCAUAGAAAAGUUGAAACAGUCAUCAACUCAACAGAACCAAGGUGCUGGUGAUGGAGCUGAUCUGAGGAGCUCUGUUGAAUUCUCAGUUGUAUCUGAAGAGAAGCUCAACCAGGCUGUUCAGCUGGCCAGAAGGGAUGUGAAAAGAAAGCACCUGCAAGAGCAAGUGAAGCAGCAUCUCACCAAGGUGAAUAAGUGUCCUGUGGGAUUUCGUUGGGGAAAGGAAUCAGGGAAUGCUGCAGUGUUGGAAGCAUCUAAGUCCCACCUGAAAUAUGAACACCAGCUUAGUAACCCUUCUAAGAUGGAGAGGAACAGCACUGGAGCAAAAGUCCUCCUUUGUGAUCCAAGUCAUGUCAAGUCAGGACCCGCUUUGUCUGAUUCUCCACCAACACGUGAUCCAGGACCUGGCCCCAAAAAAGAGGAAGACAAAUGUGCCAUAGAAAUCAGAAGGCUACAAAAAGAGCUUCAGACUUACAUUCAGAAAAUUGAAUUGCUAGCAACAAAAGAGAGAAGUGAAAUAUGUCUGGAUCCUGAGGAAGAACGCCGGGUCCAUAUUCGGAGGCAGGAACAAGCUGUGCGCUCUGCCCGAGUGCUCUAUGUCCUCCAGCAACAGGUAAAACAAAUCCAAGAAGAUCUGGAGAAGCUGAGUCCCCUUAAAAUUAAACAUACAAAGAAGUCACGAGCUAUGGCCAAGCUGGCAGCAGCUCACAGAGGUGCCAUCCGAGCUCUGCAGAUGUUUGUCACUCAUUUUGCUGACCAGUCAGAGCAACAGUCUGCCUCUGCGCAUUGUAAAGAGCUGGGCAAUCUCAUCAGGCAACUCUCUCUCUGUUCUGCUCGCCUCGAGAUGGACUCAUCCAUUCCUGAUAUCAUCAUAGAUCUGCUGCUACAAAUUGAGGAUUUGGACUCUGUGUUGUCCAAAAAGGAGUCCCCCAGGAAAGGGCAGGAAUGGCUCUCUACCUCUCAAGUUGAUGCACCAAAAAGCCCCAACAGAUUGCCAAAAAAACAAAAGAAAUCUUGUGCAUUGGACCGAAAAAAAUCUUCAGUAGCUCGGAAACUUCUUCCCGAUGAAUAUCGAGAAUCUGCAGACUUGUUACCACAUAAGACAAUCAAUCACUGCAUUGCCAGAGCCCAGGAAGACGUACUCCCCGUUGAGCGAGGGGCAGUUGCACAGUGCAAGGGUGAGGCCGUAAGGAAAUCAGGACCUUUGAAAGCAGAACUGAAAUCAGGAACUCUGAAGAAGAGGGGAGGCUUGUUUUCGCUCAGACCUCAGGGUAGCUGUCGACCUCCCAAAACAAAAACAGUGCAGCCUGUAGCCAAACAAGCCCGCUUUCUAGAUCCCACCGUUGCAUUCCGGCUUAAGGAGACCAAACCACCCAUCCGAGAUAAUAGGGCCCCAUGGAUGCCUCCCAGUGUCAAGUCUCCCCUCCACUCUGCUCCGCGGCACCUGGAGAAAAAUCCUGAAAAUCCGGAGCCAUCUCUGGAGAUAGAGACAAAGGAAAAAGAAAUACCUGAGAAAGAAGUGCCCAGGGACAAUGGGACUUCCCCAACAGAGGAGGUGGAGCAAGCUGAUCCUGAGGGCCUGGAGCUUCUUUUGGAAAAAGCGCAGGAGCUCAAGGCAGCAUACACAGUCCUUCCAUUACAGGGCAACGACGGCACUCAAAUAAGGAAGUCUGAAAAUGUUGCCUUUCUUUAUGAGGAUGCAAUAAGCUUACCAGGUAUUUGUUUGGAGGAUUGCCAUCUGGAACAGUUCAAGAAGAUGGAACAUGACGCUCUUUCUGCACUCAGCAUCUCUGACCUGGAGACAAUGAUGAAGAGGAUGGAGGAAAUAGAGCACUAUCAAGAAACUGUGCGCAGACGAUACAACCAGAUUGCUUACGCUGAUGUUGAUUUCUGGGUCCAGGAGAGCAAAGAGGAAGAGUCUGUAGUGAGAAACCAACAACAUGCAGUUGUUCAUCCCAUCCAGAUAACAAAACUAGAUAAUCACAAAGAGCCACAAGUAGCCAUAGUGUUGGAAAAACCCUUGGAUGCCAGCGCUGUAGAUGAAGAGCUGUCAGAGCCCAGGAGUGGGACUCUGCAGUCUUUUACACAUCACAUCCCCCCACAGAAAGAGUCUGGCACUUUCCUCUCAGUACCGAAACAUGUUCUCCAAAGCCUCUCUGAUUAUGAUGCCCGAUACCGGCAGCACCUGAAGGGCAUUUUCCUCGAAGAGGUGGGGCAGUUUAACCCUUGGAACAUUGCAGAGAGCCUGGCAGAGGAGCUAACAGAAGAAAUAUUGACAGAUGUAGCAGCUGAGCUCCAUGGCUUCUGUGAGGACUAUGCAGAAGCUGUCUUCACUUCAGAGUUUUUACAGGUGGCUGAGUAAGUGGCCUUUUGAAGAACACCGAUAAACCAGGCCCUAAUGAAUACUGUUCAGCGGAAAGAUUGAACCUGACAAAGACCAGUUCUCAGUGAAAUUUGACAAUUCGUGUAUUACUUUCUAUGGUCCUUCUUGGGAAGGCUGGUACUGGUGGAAUAAAUAAAUAAUGUUUGGAGAAUGCUGAUCCUUGAAAGCCUGAAAAAAAACCCCCACUGUUCCUUUAAAGAGAUGUUAUGUCUUCCAAAGCACCUUUUCCCAAUCAUUUUCAAAGCAUGCACAGCCUUAUUGUCCAUUUCAUGAUUCAUUUGGGCUGAGUAUUUGACAGAUUAUUCCCCUCCAAAGUUCUAUGCCUUAUAGAAAGGGUCACUAGUUUCUUGGUUGAGUUCUUACAGUGGCAGCCAUUUUACAAGGUUGCUCAUUACUCAAGGGCUGAAUCCAGUUAGUUCAGGCAGUGACAGAAAGUGCCAGCUUUGUAUUGUGGAGAGUUCACUCUUAGAGAUACUACAAGUUCAGCUCCUGGAUUCUGUACCGCUGAUGUUGAUAACAUAGUACCUCAUUUUACAGUAUUUCAGGUAAUGAAAAAAAGUAGGCAUCCAAUACUUGAAAAAGUUACUGACCCUGAGAUUCUACAUCAGUUUUGGGAGAAAUGAAUAAGAUACUUCACCCUGUCAGUGGCUAAUGGCAAAAUAGGUUUGGUGAAAGAUUUCCAAUGGUGUCCCUAUUGCCAGGUUGAACAUUGGAUGUCAUUUCUGUUUCUCUUCUGUUCAGUUUGAUUUCAGUGAGCCUUGUUUACCUUUUCUUAGAGGGUUAUGAAUCAAACAAUUAUUUGGAGUUCUAUUUGAUGCUGAUGCCUCUUCCUAUUGAGAUGUUCUCCUAUCAUUUGUAGUCAGUCUGCUGUAUUUCACUGUAUAGAAGGAAGAGUUAUGCAUGUACAGCACUGAUUUUAAUCUGAAUUGUCCCACUGAGCAACCACUUGAGGCUGAGACAAUGGGAGUUUCCUUAAGCCAGCUUCUUUUGAAAAUAAAAAUUAAAUAUUUAUUUUACUGUUGCUGUUUGACUAGCCAUACUUAUUUUGUAUACAGUCCAGAGGGAUUUGUACGAUAAAUCAAUGCAAUUCAUACUUGAUUGUUUUUCUACAUAAAAAUUAUUAAACCGGCUUAAUGUACUUAAA